AUGGAGAUUGCCGCUUUGCUGGCGGAAUACCUGAGGGCGCCGGUGUCUAGUCGUGGGGAGCUGGUGGCCUCUAAUCCGUGCCUGUUUGCCCCUGAUGUGGUGGAGGCUUUAAAUGACGCCCACGACAUGAUGGCUCAGGUGCAAAAGCAGGCGAGGGACGCCUGUCGAACUAUUGACGAUGUUAUGGGGAAUCUCGAUCUUCCUUCACUGCCCCGAUUGACCCCAACGGAGCGGAGUGAAUUGGUUGUUACGGAGGAUGUGAUGAUUGCGCAAUUUGUUGACGAACUGUUGCUAUUACUUUCUCAGAGGGAGACGACUCCUUGUAGUUUGAAGGGAACACUCUCGGCGAGUGAUGAAGCCUGUAAUUUUGCCAGGCCUUGGCAUCAACAGCGCUCUGUCGUAUUGGAGAUCCUGUCAUUUUUGCCAGUUGAGUGCACGUUCAAUGUGGCUGAAAAUGUAUGCAAGCUGUGGCGAACAUGGUUGUGUGUUCCUGCGGAUUCGAGGGCCUUCUGGGCGGGUUGCGUACAGAGAGAGUUUCCGGAGAGUAUGCAGACGCUGAUUCAGUUGCAGGAAGUUGAUUUGUACGAGAGUGAUUGGCGCACAAUUGCGAUGAUGUGCAGCACCGAUGAGGAGAAGGAUGAUUUGAUGGCGGAAGAGGAAGUGACUGCGUCAUAA